CUUCUCUCUACUCCAUCUCGGCUAGCUCUUCUUCACUUUUUGCGACGAUGGCUGAGUAUUAUUUUGACGAUUUUGAGUAUAGCACUUACCAGAACGACAUCAUCGACAGCCAGGGUUUCUAUGUGUCGAAUGAUGUCGGGUUGAAGAUACCGUGCGGUAUACGGCGAGUCAGCCGUUGCGACGGCGCCGCCUACCAGAGAGCGGAGGCGGCGGCCCGGUUCGCGAUUGAGAAUCACAACAACGAGAGCGAGAAUAAUGCGGGGCUCGUGUUCCGGGAGAUUCUGAAUCUCAACGUGCAACCAAGUGCCGGGAAGAUUUAUUACAUAACAAUGGCGGCGGCGGAGGAUUCUCACGGCGGCGCCGCCGCCAGCGGCGUGGGUGGUUUCAGCUGCUAUCAGGCGAAAGUGUGGGAAAAAAUUAGCGGCCGUUAUAGAGUUGACGUCUUUAGGCUUGCCCCUUUCCAGGCAGCCAGUUCAACCGCUGGAUUCUGUGGAAGGGUGCCGGAAUAUUCCAAGUGAUUUUGAGACAUGAGGGUACGGAUUCCUGGGAUUCAGGAAUGAGUCAGCAGCAAAGAAGUAUAUAGAUACAUUUGAUGGAGAGCUUAUGCCAUUGUAUGUUGGACCAAUUAAGCUUGUACAAUUGGUUAUGAACUGGAUUAAAGUUCAAUAAACAAUAUGGAUAUUAAGAUAUCUGAGCAAUUACAUAAGGGUGCCGCUAUAUAUGCACCCCUCUCAUUU